AUGGUUUCAAAGCAUGAUGCUCGCACAGCCAUCGCGUUGUCGGAAAGCUGGCCGGGCCCAAUGCUGUCCCGUGCAAAGGCAGCCAGGGAGAUAUGGCUCUCCGAGCACGGUGUCAUUGGAGAGCCGCCCAUUGAUGCCUGCUCCACACUCAUGCUGGGCACGGACUGCGCUGGCGCCGAAGCGCCUGUGUUUGCCCUGAAAGGACUCAAGUUGCCUUUUCAGCACCAGUGGGCAGCAGAGAUUGCUCCCCACGCACGUGCUUUCAUCACCAGCACCUGCGCUCUCAGCCCGGACCGUUUGCUGGGCGACAUGUGUUCUCGAAGACAUCAAGACUUGGACACGAUCAGCCUUUACGUGUGUGGCUUUCCAUGUAAGCCUUGGAGCAGGUUGAACAACCAUUCCCGUCACUGGGAUGAUCCGAACGCAAAGCCUUUCGAGGCCGGUCCCACGAUCAGCUUUGCGAUGCUGGAGACCGUCCAGGCAAAGCGUCCCAGCAUUUGCAUUUUCGAGAACGUUGUCGGGAUCCUGCCCUUCAUGCCGGAGAUCCAGGGUCGAAUGCCUGCGGCUCUCCCCGAGUACCACAUCUUUUGGACACGACAGUGUCCGACAAGUUUGGGUCACGCAGUACGAAGGCCCAGGAUAUAUUUCCUGGCCAUUCGCAAGGAUGCCAGUGUCAUCGAGGAUGCUGCUGGCCUCUGCUGCCUGGGAAACUGCUUGCUUGGGAGCCUCCGCAAGGACUUGGUCGCGCCCCUGGGAGACCGGCUGUUGCCCAAAACCCAUCGCUUCGUGAAGCGGUUCCUCGACCAGCAGUGUCAGAAGUCUGAGUCUAAGGGCCAGGAGAAGAACAAGCCAAAAUGGAAGUCCCAGCAAGUACGUGAACGACAGCUCCUGACAUCCGAACAACGUCAGUGUCCAGGCCCUCCGAAGAUAGACGGCCACUUGACUGCCAGGCAGAGAGGGGCUUGGGAACUCGAGUGGAGACGUCAGUGUCAUGCCAAUGAGUCCUUGGCUGUGGACGUGAGCCAGACCGCCGGCAGAUGCCCUUUCGGCGUGGGCGGCCUUUGUCCAACAUUGACGCCUGGUGGCAAGGUGGUGGUAGCCAGUGUCAAACGGUGCAUUUGCCCUGAAGAAGCCAUGCUGCUGCACGGCUUCCCUUUCAAUGCCAUUCAGGCAUCGUCAGUGUCACCGAAACAGCUGGCGUCUUUAGCAGGAAAUGCAAUGCAUGUGGAAAGUGUGGCCGCGAUGCUGGUCGUGGGGUUGUCCUUGUUGCGGGUGAACAGAAUCAAUGCUUCACCCCCUGCAGUGCCAUGGUCAACUUCAGUGUCAGCUUUCCUCCAAAUGAAGGCACAUGGCGUUGAUGCUGAUGAGGGUGUGGCAGUAAAGAAGGUGGCCAAGCAGGUGCCCAGUGUCAAGGAGCAGAUCGACAAGGGUGCCGCGAAGAGGCCAGCUAAGAUGAUUGCCGUGAAAAAGAUUGCAACAGCUAAGCCCAAGGCAUCGGCAAAGCAGCAAUAUCCGCAUCGCAAACUGAGCGGCCAUUAUGGCAAGCCGUCAGUUUUUGAGAAGGCCAGUGUCAAGCCGAAGAAGUCUCGUAGGUCUUAG